AUGACGGAAGAGAAGACUCAGAGCGAUGGGGACCGGCAGCCCCUGGAGGAGAGCUCGCCUCUCAGGGGUAAGUCCAGCUGGAUCCCCCGGUGUCUCCGCCGAAUGUUGCCUACUGGCUUUCUGGAUGAAGUGAAGGAGCAGUUUGCGUUGGCAUUUCCUAUGUUUAUAUCUGAAGUGUUUGUAUACCUUGUGGAUUUAGUGAGUUCUAUAUUCUGUGGGCAUUUGGGCAAGGAUGAGCUGGAUGCUGUGACACUUGCUAUUGCUGUCAUAACUCUUUCUGGCUUAUCUAUUGGUUCAAGCAUGUCGUAUGCAUGCAAUACACUCAUGUCCCAGUGUUACGGAGGUAAAAACCUGAAACGCAUUGGGACAAUCUUACAGAGGGGAAUUCUGAUCUUGCUACUGAUAUGUUUCCCAUGCUGGGCCAUUUUCAUUAACACAGAAAACAUUCUACUUCUCUUUAAACAGGACCCACGUGUUGCCAGGUUAACACAGGAAUACGUGCUCGUUUGUAUCCCAUCUCUCCCUGCUGUUUUCCUGUUUCAUCUUCAGACACAGUAUUUACAAAACCAGAAUAUAAUAUGGCCUCAGAUCCUCUCUGGCUUGAUAGCAAAUAUCAUCAAUGCUAUUCUAAAUGCAAUCUUUAUUUACAUCCUGGACCUGGGACUAGUAGGCUCGGCUUGGGCAAACACAAUUUCCCAGAUUUCAAUGUGUGCUGCACUUUUUAUGUGCAUAUAUGUGAAGAAACUUCAUGUAGAAACAUGGGCAGGUUGGUCCAGAGAUUGCCUGCAAGAGUGGAAAGAUUUCAUGCUUCUGGCUAUUCCUAGCAUGUUCAUGGUGUGUAUAGAAUGGUGGAGCUAUGAAUCUGGAGCAUUUUUGUCAGGUGCUAUCAGCGUGGUGGAACUUGGAGCACAGUCCAUAAUGUUGGAAUUGUCGACAGUGGCUUAUUUGCUAUCUUUGGGUUUUUCAGGAGCCACAAGUGUCAGGGUAGGAAUUGCUCUUGGAGCUGGAGAUGUCAAGCUAGCCAAAUUCACUUCUAAAGUUUCACUUUUUAGCACAGGAGUUUUUGCCCUACUGACUUCUAGUUUUAUAGCUGCAUUACACAACCACUUGGGAUAUGUUUUCACUACAGACAGUGAGAUUCUUUUCCUGGUUUCACGACUCCUCCUGAUGUUAGCUCCACUUCAUAUUCUUGAUGCUCUCAAUUGCUUGUGCGGUGGAAUAUUGCAAGGAUCAGGGAAGCAAACUGUUGGAGCAGUGGUAAUUGCAAUGGGACAUUAUAUCAUAGGUUUGCCAUUAGGAAUCGGAUUGAUGUUUGGUUUAAAGCUUGGAGUAAUUGGUCUUUGGAGCGGAAUGAUGGUGGCAAACCUUUUGCAAGUUACAUUCUUUGUGACUUACAUUUUACGAAUGAAUUGGAGCAAAGCCUGUGAAGAGGCUCAGAUUCGAGCUGGACUGACAAUAUAUAAAAAAGACUCUGACCCAAACAUUGCAUGGAAAAAUGAAGGCAGCAAUAGUUUUGGCAUGUUAGAAAAUGGACCCUUGCCAAACACUGACAUUGGGAAUUCUUUAGAAGAUAAUGGAAGUCCAGGAAAAAUAAUUACUUCUUCUGAUGACAAACAAACUGACCAGAAAAUGGAACAAAAAGAUUUAACGAUUGAUACUACAAAUGUUGUAGGGGAAUUGCUCUCUGUGAAACAGCUAAUUCUUUGGCGUGGGCUGGCUGUGUUGGCAGCUGUGCUUGCACUAAGCAUUGGCAUAAUUGUUAAAUGUCUAACCAGUAAAGGGUAAAGUUACCCGUUUCAAGAGAAGUGGGGUAUUUUUACU